UUAGGCCCCUCCCGGGAGACCCAGCAAAAAGAAGGGUAUUGCCUGGAUGUGGGGUUAUCUUUAACAACCGAGGUGUUUAGAGAACCUUCGAGCAAAUAUCUACAUUUUUGGAAGUCCUGGAUCCUUUCUUUUGUGUUUUUUUUCAUUUGUAUCUUAUGUCUGUGUUCUCCAGAAACAUAAUUUUUCCCAAAAUGCAAUGUUUGUCAGUGUAGGGUAAAGAAAAACUGCCAUCAAAAGCCCUUGAGUGAGUCCUAACCAGAAAGCACUGAUACCUGUGAAAAAAUACAAUGGUAUUCUUGUGUUUUUCACUCAUCUCUUGUGUGCAAACAUGUCCCAGUGGAUCAGAGAUAAUUAAGAGGCGCAAUGGCAAAGUACAAGCAACGUCGACGAAAACUGAGAGCCAGAGCAAAAUUUCUAAUGGAAAAAAAAGGAGAUGCUGCUAAUCCCCAGGGCUCAAAUUGUCCCUCUCCAAGGUCAGCAGGUGAUCUUCCUCGGAACACAUCACCUGUCCAAAGCCGUCUGUCCUCAGUCUGGUCGUUAGCCUUGCCCAGUGUAAAAAAUGUAGUAAAACCCUUGACAACAACAGCAUCGUUUUUGUACUGUUGGUGCCAGAACACUGUUACACAGAGUUUUAAAGUGGUUAAAGACACUGUAUUUCCAUCACAAAUCUACUUAAGGGAGCUAAAUACAUUCAGAGAGCAGCUGGAAAAGUUGGAAACUGAAUUUUCCAGAUUACAAGGAAUACUCCAGAUGAAUGGAACUGCAACUUUGCCUUCAGAAAACUCUCUUUGUCAAAGGUGUAAUAAACCAGUUCUGGGUGCUCCUAUACAAACACAGGUGGACCUGCCAUCGUCAGUAUCCGGACCUUCUGCAGUACAACUGCAACCUGUAUCUGCACCCCCUCCACCUCUUCCGCCUCCGCCACCACCGCCACCACCACCUCUGCCCCCACCACCGCCGCCUCGAGCUCCUCUCCUUCUCCAACGGGGCAGCAGCUCUAAAGCACUCCUGGAAACAUCGUUAAAAAAAGAUGGGCCGAUGCAUAUCACUCUCAAGGAUCUCCUGAAUGUAAAACUAAAGAAAAUAGACAGCAACCUGAAAAUGGACAAGGCAGGAUCACCAGCGAAGACACGCAGGGCAUUAAUUACAGUCUCAGAUUUACAGAGCAUUAGUCUGAGAUCUAAAUCCAAGCCAUCAGCUCACAUUACAAACUGCUUAAUUACCCCUGCUAAAAAUCAGUUAGAUCUUCGAAAACAUCUUAAGAAGGUCAAUAUACAAAGAAGUCCUGGGGGCACUCCACUAAAUACUAAAGAAAACAUCGAGUGUGGCACUGGGUUGACACCAAUAAUGACACAGGCACUACGACGCAAAUUUCAGAUGGCUCAUCCAAAGAGUCCCUCUCCAGCCCAGUUAAAUGCUGCAAACAGCUUCGAUGAACAGAAAUAGAUUUAUGGAACAAUGUAUUUUAUUCAGUUAUGGUGAGGAAGCCACUUGAACCCCACUUUUAUAUCACUCAGGCAUAAUGUAUUUGUAAGUAAACCUAACGCAUAUGAGAAGGGGGAGUGUGGAAAACCCUUUAGCAGAAUUCUGCUUUUUAGAGGCAGCAUCUUUAUAAUGUGUCUCAAUCUGAUUGUAUCUUCUCUGUUAAUGGACAGAAUUGAAUGAAAUAUCCUGAGUCCUUUUAAUAUUUGGCUGCUGCUGAAACUUUCAAAAAAUAAGUAGGGACUGUUAUGUUCCUGGCUUGCUGCUGCUUGUAAUAUAGGUGUGUUUGUUCACUUAAAUUUAAUAUUGUUUUUAUAUUUUUUUAACAAAAAAGAACUUGAGAGUAGUUAUAAAGAUUCAAAGAAAAGAAGCAAUUUGGUGCUGUAAUAGUAUUAUAGUGCAGGGCUGCAAGUUUCCACAAACGAUGCAGUUAUGUGCCUAAGAAAGUAUUAAGUAAUUAAUGUAUGUAUCAUUUUUGGCUGGUGUUGGAUCACCCAUCAUGGGAAAAGAGAGAGGUAACUGAAAACCCUCUAGAGUUUCAAGUCAAGUUCACAAACAGCUGCAACGGAAGCUUCUCCCAGUUACGGGCAUUGCCUCCGUAGCGGAGUUGGCGCGGAGACCACGUGCCUGUACCUGCGGCCCUUCCCUCCAGCCCAGGAUAAGGACCUGCUUUCCUGGGGAGUCCCGCGUUGGUGCUGCAACCCAGCCAUGGCAUGGUGCCCCAGUCCGCCCCACACCGUUGGGGAGAAUCACUGCACGAUGGACUUCCCCGUCUGGGGAGAACGGGACGGUCGUGGGCAAUGUUCUGAGAUUCCCGGUGCUGAUGAUGUGCUCUACUCAGAGCUCCUCUCUAGCGCUAAAAGAUACGGUCAACUCAUUUGUCCCCAACGGCGGCUUCACUCCUGUUACCGCUACUCCGUUGUAUUUUAUUAUGGUUAUUACUGGCUUACUGCAGAAUAUCACUGAUACAUAUCCUAUAA